CUGGAGUCGCACUCCAAUCGUCGUUCGAGCAGUCUCUCUCCGCUCCUGGCGACUCGGGUGACGCGCAAGUCCCCUUGCUAUUUGAAGACGCUACCCUUCCGCGCAAACUGCAGCAGCAGGGGCAGCAGAUUCCCACGCUGAGGCAGAUCGGCAGACAGAUGCUGACAACCCUGAAACAGCAGCAGCAGCGGAAGAAGCCGAGGCCGAAGACGCAGCAGAUCGCCUCCGAUACAAG